UAACAAAAAUGGCGUCCAAAGCAGGUCGCAGGGGGACAAAGCGCAAAGCAGAAUCUGAAGAAAAACCUGCUGUGAAAGAGAAAAAGGAGAAUGAAGGAGCGAGUGAGGCUGGAGAGAAGGGUCGACGUGUUGUCAUCGAACACUGCAAGAGCUGACGAGUGUAUGGGCGUCAUGCUGAGGAGGUGAAGUCAUCCCUCCUUGCUGCUCGCCCUGAACUCGCUGUGAUCCUCAACCCUGAAAAGCCCAGAAGAAACAGCUUUGAGGUCACUCUCAUGGAUGAAGGCAAAGAAACAUCACUUUGGAGUGGAAUUAAAAAGGGGCCACCUCGUAAGCUGAAGUUUCCAGAGCCUAAAGUGGUUGUUGAUGCUCUGCAAGAAGCACUGAAGACAGAGUGAAGUUCCAAAUGAGUUAGUGUUUCAAAAAUGUGGAUUGUGGAAGCCCAAUGACGAGGAGUGACUAAACUGAAGUUUCACUGUCUCUUCUCUGAUGAUCCAAGCGCCUGCUUCUCUCAUUUUUGCCUACACUGACACUCAGUGGAGCGACUCUGCACCUGCAUGUUGUUUUAAUGUUGACUGUUCUGUAAUGUUUGUUUGUUGUUUGUUGUGUUUUUACACCUCUGCCACUAGUUUUGCUUUGCCAAUAAAUUCCACUGUUGUUUUGGUAGUAUCUGCAAUAUAAAUGAAGCUUGUG